AUGUCAGAUUCUGAAAAUAAAAAUGCAGCAGUUAUCAUUGACAACGGAAGUGGGAUGUGUAAGGCGGGCUUUGCUGGCGAUGAUUCCCCGCGUGCUGUUUUUCCUCCUAGAGUGGGGCAGCCAAAAUGUGACCUUUCAAAAGUCGGUACGAAAUACAAGGAUGUCUAUGUAGGAGACGAGGCUGAGGUCAAACGCGGUAUUCUUUCCCAGGAGCCUCUUUUGAUGGAGCACGGUAUAAUCGCUAAUUGGGACAAUAUGGAGAAAGUUUGGCACCACGUUUUCUACAAUGAGUUACGUGUGGCUCCUGAGAAACACCCGGUCCUGAUCACGGAAGCCCCAUUCAACCUUAAAGCAAACAGAGAAAGGAUGACGCAGAUCAUGUUCGAGACUUUCAACACUCCUGCCUUCUACGUUGCGAUACCGGCUGUGUUGUCUCUGUAUGCCUCAGGGCGAACCUCGGGGGUUGUGCUUGACGCCGGGGAUGGUGUGUCACACGUGGUACCUAUCUACGAGGGUUACGCCCUCCCUCACGCCACCAAACGUGUAGACUUGGCAGGUCGUGACCUCACAGCCUACCUCCAGAGGAUCCUCCACGAAAGAGGAUACAACUUCAACACUUCGUCAGAAAUAGAAAUCGUCUGUAACAUGAAGGAGAAGAUGUCCUACGUAGCUUUGGACUUUGAGAGUGAAAUGACAUCAGCAUCGAAGUCUUCUACAGUAGAGAAAUCUUACGAACUUCCUGACGGUGGCGUUGUUACCAUUGGUAACGAAAGGUUCCGGUGUCCAGAGGCUCUCUUCCAGCCAUCGUUGAUAGGAAAGGAAUUCAAUGGAAUCCACAAGGAGAUAAACAAUUCAAUUAUGUCUUGUGAUAUUGAUCUUCCGCGAAAACUCUUAAGUAAUGUCGUCAUGUCCGGCGGAAGUACUAUGUUUCCAGGUAUGGCGGAACGAUUGCAGAAAGAAAUGAGUGGCAUUGUCCCAAAAUAUAUAGACGUUAAGAUCAUCGCACCUCCAGAAAGAAAGUAUUCCGCCUGGAUCGGUGGAUCUGUACUAGCUUCUCUGUCCACAUUUUCUGAUAUGUGGAUUUCGAAACAGGAGUACGAUGAGAGUGGACCCCGCAUAGUUCAUCAUAAAUGUUUCUAA